ACAGGGAAUAGGUGCAGAGCGGACAGAUGCGUACUGCAAUGCUUGCUUUGCUUUGCGUGCUCUCAGGCUCAGCGAUAGGGUGGGUUUGGCACUGCAUGGAGCGACGGAACCUGCACGUCUCUUGUACUGCUCGCAAGCAAACACCUGCUUGCUAGAAAAAUAGCCUGGGUUGUCCUUUAGGCACUGCUUGCUAGGAAGAUAGCCUCUACGAAUAGAGGGAGUUCGCGGAUAAGGGAUGGCUGACGAAUGGAAUGGAAGUACGCGCAAGUUUGGGGAUAGCGAGGACUAGAACCGUUAUUUAAAACUAUUUAAGGUCAGCUGUAGUCUCCGCCUUUUGCGGACAGCCGGCAAAUGGAAUGGACGUCAUCAACGGCAGCUGGAAGCUCGUCAGGUCGAUUAGCCGCAUCGGACGGACCAGAGGACGAGACGACGACCGGGUGAUCGAGAUAGGAGCGCCAACGAGCGUGAGCCACGUCACGCACGUCACCUUCGACCGCUUCCAGGGCUUCCUCGGCCUCCCGGACGACUUCCAGGGGGAACUGCCCGCACGAGCCCCCAGCGCCAGUCGCUCUGUGUUCGGGGUGCGCCCAGAGACGCUGCACUGCUCUUAUGACGCAGAGGGUAACCAGGUGCCGGACAUUCUGCUGCGGCUGCAGGCGCUGCUCUACGACAAGAAUGGGCUGCAGACAGAGGGGAUAUUUCGAGUGGCAGCACAGAACGACCAUGAGGACUGGAUCCGAGAGCAGGUCAACAUGGGACUUGUGCCGGAGAACAUUGAUGUGCACGCCAUCGCUGGCCUUAUCAAGGCAUGGUUCAGGGAACUACCAGAGGGAUUGCUGGACAGGCUACACCCCAACAAGGUGGCAGCAGCAGAGAAGGAGGAGCAGAUGCUGGCUCUAGUGGCCACGCUGCCGGGCAUGCAGGCGGGCAUGCUGGAGUGGGUGGUGGGGCUCAUGGCGGACGUGGUGCAGCAGGAGGCGAGGAACAAGAUGAAUGCGCACAACAUUGCCGUGGUGUUCGCGCCCAAUAUGACCCAGGUGGUGGACCCUCUAAUAGGCUUCAAGCACGUGAUCAAGGUGAUGGAUGUCCUGAGAGUGCUCGUGCAGCGCAAAGUGCAGCAGAGAAUAGACAACCCCCCGCCACCCCCUCCUCCUCUCCUGGACGAAACGGCUCAAGAUGAACCUGAAGAGGAGGAGAGGGGGGAGGAAGCAGAUGGGCACGACGCCUCUGUGGGUCCAGCAGAACAGGGAGGGCAGGAAGGGGGGGAUGAUGAUGGGUAUCAGCAUCAGAGGCAUGAAGGGGGGGUUGAGGGGGUCUUUCAGCAUCAGGGGCAUGGAGUGUACGGAGGGCAUGAGAGGGGGGAUGAUGAGGUGUAUCAACAUGAGGAGGGGUAUGAAGAGUACAGAGAUCAUGCAGAGGAGCAGCAAGAGGGGCCGUUUUCAGAUGAGUGCAUGACGCCAGUGGGUGAGGAUGACCGAGACACGCCCAUUGCCAGACCUCUAGUUCCCGAGCCUCUCCUUCCGGACCACCUUCUCUCCAAACCUCUUGCUGAGCCUCCUGCUGAGCUUCCUGCCGAGCCUCCGUUUGGUUCUCCAGGCAGGCUUGCAGAACGGAGAGGCGGAGCGGCGGGGGAAGGAGGAGGAGGAGGAGGGGAGAUAGCAUCAGCAAGACUUUCUCCUCCCUCCAGGGGAGGAGGAGAGGGGGAGGGGGGAGGUGUGGGAAUGGAAGGAGGGCAGAGAGGAGGAAGAGGGGGUUGGGCGAGGGAGCAGCGGGAGGGGGGCACAGGGAAUAAGAGGCGCUAGCGCAGUUGAUUCUAGUAGUUUAACCACUGUAGCUCGCCUUACCUUAGAGAGCCGCACGCCUAUUCCUGUGUGCAGGAGCGAGGAGAUCCAGGGAACGGGAUGCAUGCUAGAGCAUAGGCUUGAGAACAGGCUCGGAGACAGGCUCGGAGUAGGUUCGGUGAUUGGUGGGGGCAGGGGCAGGGGAAGAGUGGGUAGCAGGAUGGGAGUGCCCAGCUGUCAAAGCCAGGAUAAUCC